AUGUUCACCAAGGCCAAAGACACACAAACCGCGAUAAUCAACGGCACAGAACCAGCUCGACGUCCUGAUUCCAAUCCUCUGCGCAUUGACACCGGGGCUAUUACAUCCAAUAUGGCCGAGAAAGAAGUGCCCCUCACGGCCAUCAAGGUCGAGGCCUUGGUCGUCAUGAAAAUUAUCAAGCACUCAGCUCAGGCCUUCCCGACAACAGCGACCGGUUCGAUCGUCGGCAUGGAUGUCGGUGGCACCCUGGAAAUCACAAACUGCUUCCCCUUCCCUGUGGUCGAAGUGCCGGCGGACUCGCAUUUUGACGGAGCCGCCCCGAACCCUGCCGCCGCCGCUCCUCGCGCCAAGGCGAACACUGUCUACCAGGCUGAGAUGGUCAGGAUGCUUCGCGAAGUGAACAUCGAUGCGAACAACGUGGGUUGGUACACGAGUGCCAACAUGGGCAAUUUCAUCAACUUGAACGUCAUCGAGAACCAGUUCUUCUAUCAGAAGGAAAUGAAUGAGAGGACGGUUGCACUUGUGCACGAUGUUAGUCGCAGUGCGCAGGGGAGUCUCAGUUUGAGGGCUUUCCGGCUCUCGCCUAAGUUCAUGACUGCUUUCAGGGAGAACAAGUUCACUACUGAAGAGCUACAAAAAUCAAACUUGAGAUACCAGGACAUUUUCGUCGAACUUCCCGUCGAAAUCCACAACUCUCACCUGAUCACCUCGUUCAUCCAUCAAUACCAAAGCCCUAACAUCUCGGUUCCCAUCGAAAUCCCAUCGUCCUUGGCUGCGCUUGAAAAGGGACAACUUACCAAGUCGGUCCCUCCUACCCCCAACCUGGACAACCUGUCGCUCAGCAUCGAUCCGUUCCUCGAGAAGAACUGCGAUCUCCUCCUCGACAGCAUCGAGACUCACCACACCGAGACCAACAACUUCCAGUACUACCAGCGCUCGCUGGCGAGAGAGCAGAACAAGAUCAAUGCCUGGAUGUCUAAGCGGAAGCAGGAGAAUGCCAGCCGUGCUGCUCUCAAGCAGCCACUGUUGCCCGAGGACGAAUGGCAGCGUCUAUUCAAGCUCCCUCAGGAGCCCAGCCGACUGGAGAGCAUGUUGAACAGCCGCCAGGUUGAGCAGUACUCACGCCAGAUCGACAGCUUUGUCUCAGCUACGACUGGUAAGAUGUUUGCGGUGAAGGGCAACCUGUUGCCCGGCGAGACGGCCAAAUGA